AUGGCCGACUCGGGGACACCAAAAGACCCGCCUCCGGGCUACGAAGAAGCUUCGACGGAGCCCAAGACCAGCGCGCGCCCUCCCCCUCCUCCAGGACUUCGCCGGGGCCCGGCGCCGCUCGAUAUUCCCAUCAUCAAACACCUCAACUCGAAGCGCGUCAUCCUGGCUUCCGCUUCCCCCCGCAGAAAGGCGCUUCUUCAGCAGAUUGGCCUGAGAAAUUUUGAGAUUACGCCGUCCACAAUACCCGAAGAUUUGGACAAGACGAUAUACGGUCCGUGGGAGUAUGUCUCAGAAACGGGCCGUCGCAAGGGCAUUGACGUGUACUCGAAAUCGCUCGAGACACAUCUCAACUCCAUACCCGAUCCAGAACUCGUCAUCGCGGCCGACACCGUCAUCGUUACCCGCGAGGGCCGCAUCCUGGAGAAGCCACGCAGUGAAGCCGACCAUGUUGCCAUGCUGAAGCUCUUGCGCGACUCUCGGAUGCAUCGCGUAUUGACUUCGGUGACUGCAAUCGCCCCGCGAGAAGAUGCGCGCCACCCAGGCUACGACAUGGCGACCGAAACGGUGGAGACCAAGGUCUACUUUUACAGUGAGGAAAACGGUUUGCCGGAUGAUGUCAUUGAGGCGUAUGUUAAAACGCGCGAAGGCGUAGACAAGGCUGGCGGAUACGGGAUCCAGGGAAUCGCUGGAUUGCUCCUGAUUGAGAAGAUUGAGGGCAGCAUGGACAAUGUCAUUGGUCUGCCUGUGCAAAAGACGUUGCAGCUGGCAGAGAAGGUCAUAUUUCGCCAGGACGAGGUAGACUUCGAGGGUGAAGAGGCCGAGUCUGAUGGCUGA